CCUGAAACGAGUCAUUCCCGCAAAAAGGCAUUGCCAACUUAGUGUAAGUAGAAUCUGAAUGAACAGAGGAAACAGAAAGAGGCUGUUUCACUAAGAGCCUUGAUAUUCCUGCCCUCCCAUGUUCGCUCCUUCAUGUCUUUUGUUGUGGACACUGGCUGCGCUGGUUGGACACCUUGAGACAAUCUCAGUGACUUUUUGAUUAUGGACAUAGAGACACUGUAGAGCCCUACACACUGCAUGAACACUCGACUUGCUGAUGGAAGUUGUGCAGCAGGACUGAUCGUCGAGUCGGAUCAAAGGGACACUCACUACUGGGGAGUGGCAGAAGAGUCACUGUCGUCUCCCACGGGCCCCGCCCCCAUGGACCUGCGUGUAGGCGAGCGUCUGGUGCGUCCAGGUUCGGACACGGCCUUCCUGUCCCCUCUGCACCCCCCUCUGCUGAUCGGUCCCUUCAAUCCGCAACACUGUUCCCAGUACAGCCAGCCGCAGCUGCAGCAUAUACAGCAGUAUAACAUGGAGCAGCACCUACGAGACCAGGAGCAAGCGAAACAACAGCUACAGCAGCUCAAACACAAGGACAAGAGUCAACAGAGUGCUGUGGCCAGUGCGUUGGUGAAGCAGAAACUGGCGCAAGUGAUUCUGAAGAAACAGAAACAGGCGGUCCUGGAGAGGACAAACUCCAACCCUCUGAGCAGCCCGUCGGUGGCCUACCGGGAGUUGGUUCCAGAUCCCAGCGCUCCCCUACAACCUCUCAUGUCCUCCACAAAACCAACUCUCAGAGAAGGACCUGACGAAACGCCCCUGAGACGAGCAACCUCAGAGCCCAACCUGAAGGUGAAGCAUAAGUUAAAGAAGCAUCUGAACACCCGUAAGAGCCCGCUGACACGCAAAGAGAGCGCACCGCCCACCGUCAAGCACCGCGCUCCUGAUACGCUGGAUUCGUCCCCCAGCAGCAGUAGCACUCCAGUAUCUGGCUGCAGCUCUCCAAACGACAGCCUGCCCAAUGAGAACGGAACGCUGCCCGCUGCUGCCAGCCUGUCCCAUGAGGCUCAGAGGCUGCUGUUGCAGGACGGGUCUUUAGCUCACUUCACAGUGCAGAAUCCGUCCAGUCUGCCGACCAUCACACUAGGCCUCCCCGCCAACACCAAGGCGGAGAGCGAGUUGGGCUCAUUGAAGCUGGGUCGUGUGCCGGUGGUGCCGGGUGGUUCUCCGCUGCUGGUUCCCUUGGGUGUGGAAGAGCAGACAGGACAGCUCAUGCAGCCCGUCCUCAUCCUGGAGCCCUCUGGACUCGUACACACCCCUUUGUUGGCCGUUCCAGGUCUGAGUGAGCCGCUGCCCCAGUCCCGCGCCCUCCAUCCUCACCUGCUCCAGCAGCAGCAGCACAGCGCACAGUUGCUGGAGAGACUCAAACAGCAGACGCACCUGGGCAAGCUCAUGUCGAAGUCCAGCGAGAAGCCUCGUCUCCGGCAGAUCCCCUCAGAGGACAUGGACUCAGAGGAGGUGGGGCCGUCAGCUGGCGACGCCCACCAGGGCAGGGGCAGGGCGGAGUCACAGAGAGAGCUGGAGUGUCAGGAGGAGCAGAUCAACCUGCAGCACACCCUCAUUCUCAACCAGUCACGUCUGUGGGAAACACAAAAACAACUUCAGCAGCUCCGCAGACAGACGGCUCACAUGGAGACAUUGGCGGUACCCAUGAUGAUCGGCGGCAUGCACCGGCCGCUCUCUCGUACGCAGUCGUCUCCUGCUUCCACCUCACUGACGCUGCCGGACAAAGCCUUGCCUCUGACCACGGCAACAGAGCCACCCCAGAGCCAACCCCGCUUCACCACGGGUCUGGUGUACGACUCCCAAAUGCUGAAGCACCAAUGCACGUGUGGAGACAACAGCAGCCACCCGGAGCAUGCUGGGAGAAUCCAGAGCAUCUGGUCCCGCUUGCAGGAGAGGGGCCUCAGGGGCCAGUGUGAGAGUAUUCGAGGAAGGAAGGCCACCCUAGAAGAGUUACAGUCUGUCCACACGGAGCGUCACGUCCUGCUGUACGGCACCAAUCCACUCAACCGCCUCAAACUGGACAAUCGCAAACUGGCCGGCAUACUGUCACAGCGGAUGUUCGUCAUGCUGCCCUGUGGGGGAGUCGGGGUGGACAACGACACCAUCUGGAACGAGAUGCACACCUCCACAGCGUCUCGCAUGGCGGCCGGGAGCGUGACGGAGCUGGCCUUCAGAGUGGCUAAAGGAGAGCUCAAGAACGGCUUUGCUGUGGUUAGGCCACCAGGACAUCACGCAGACCCGUCAAACCCCAUGGGUUUUUGUUUCUUCAACUCUGUGGCGAUCGCUGCUAAGCAGCUCCAGCAGAAACUCAGUGCCAGUAAAAUCCUCAUCGUUGACUGGGACGUUCACCAUGGCAACGGCACCCAGGAAAUCUUCUACAAUGACCCAAGCAUCCUCUACAUCUCCCUCCAUCGCUACGACAAUGGAAACUUCUUCCCCGGAAGUGGUGGACCGGCAGAGGUGGGUUCUGGUGCCGGUGAGGGUUUUAACGUUAAUGUGGCGUGGACCGGUGGACUGGAUCCUCCCAUGGGCGAUGCAGAGUACCUGGCUGCAUUCAGGACGGUGGUGAUGCCCAUUGCUCAGGAGUUUUCCCCAGACGUGGUGUUGGUCUCUUCAGGGUUUGAUGCUGCAGAAGGACACCCUGCUCCUUUAGGAGGAUACAAAGUCACUGCUAAAUGUUUUGGGAUUUUGACUCGGCAGCUGAUGACGUUAGCAGGAGGACGCGUGGUUCUAGCAUUAGAGGGAGGUCACGACCUCACAGCCAUAUGUGAUGCUUCUGAGGCCUGUGUCAGUGCUCUGCUGGGGCGGGAGGAGCCUCUUCCUGAGUCGACUCUACUGCAGACGCCCAAUGCCAACGGAGUGCUUUCACUGCAGAGAGUUCUACAAAUACAGAGUCAGUAUUGGUCGUCCCUCAAGCCGUUGGUGAGCACAGUGGGUAUGUCAUUUCUGGGUGCCCAGAGGAAAGACUGUGAGGAAACAGACACAGUGAAUGCGAUGGCGUCCCUCUCUGUGGGGGUCUUGACCAACAAAAGCCUUGCUGAUGAACCCAUGGAGCACGACGAAGACUCCCUUUAAACCAGGUCUUUACUUGUCUGAAAAACUGUCCAAUACCAAAUGGCGCUCCACAUCAUGUGAACGAGCCGUGCCUCAGACCAGCAGUGCCUCAGGGGGCGUGGCUUCCUCAUCAUGGCCCCUCCCCCAAAGACGCCACCUCAACACUGACCACCAGCGCAGCACGGCUAAGCUAACAACCCGCAGCUACAGAUCAGUUGGGGCUCUGGGAUCCACAUCAUCGUCUCCUUUCAAGUACCACACAAACAAUCACACUAGAACGGAUGAGGCCACUUUGUGCGUUAGUGUGUUUUUAACAUUCACUAAAAGGAUGCGCUCAAGAACUCGCAAAUAUUCACCUCUGGUGCCUCAAAAGAGACUAUUUACUUUAGCUGGAGAUGCGAAACAAGAUUUGUGGGAACGGUUGAGGAUUAUUUAACCUUUUUUAAAGGCAGCCCACUUUACAAGUGAACUAUUGAAGUGCUGAGAGAAAAUGAGGGGUUUUCCUUGCACCUGGCAACCACAAAGUGUCUCCACUCUAUGAUGUCAUUACUAUUAACCAAUUUAACCACUAAAGAAGAAGAAGAAGAAGAAGAAGAAAUAACGAUCUUGACAACUGUGGGUUUUAUAAAUCUUAAUUUUUUUUGCACUGUGCAUUCCAUAAUGUGAACCGUGAAAUUUUCCAAACCUCUGGGAAAAAAAAGGUCUAAUUCUGUAUCUAGUUUUACGCUUAACGUUCUUUUUUUAAAGUGAAGCAAAAAAACAGUUGCAUUCUUGUCAAGUUCAGUUACAUUCUACCUGCAUUCCCAGCAUGAAGGUUGUAAACUUGAAUACUUCAAGAUACUUCUUUGUACUGAUUCUGUGUAUCUGAUUUAAUGUUACGCCUCAUGUUUUUUAAGGCCAGAGGGACAAACCAGCUAUCAGCAAGUUAAUUGCACACACCCACCCAAAACACACACAUAUACGUCCAUAUUUCUGUGCACGCAAACACACGUCGCAUCCAUAUGACCACUGUACUUUUAAUAUCGUGGACACAGGAAGUGCUUACACUUUCCCUAGACUAACUAUAACGCAAAGUAGAUCAGUCUUUCUUUAGACCAAACUAAUAUGAAUAUGAUUUUUAUAUGUGUGUGCGUGUGUAUCUAUCAGUCAUAUAUUUUGUCUGUUCUGUAUUCACAAACAAACCUCAAUUGACCACAAGCAAAAACGCAAAACGACAUUUGAAUGGACUCUUGAAGCCACUUUAAUGUUAAAACAAUUCUGUAUUUUUCAUUGAUCUUUGUUGUUUUGGACAAGGGAAAUAACCAGCAUUUAACCUGUGGAGGAGACGUUUCUAAAGUUGGUGUGCAUUUAAUGAUUUUCUUUCAUUGCUGUGCACUUAGAAAUUACUGAGGGUUUUUUUUUUGUUGUUUUUUUGUUUUUUACGAGGGAUGCAUUGUUUUUGGAUGGCGUUCUGUUUUCCACAGCCUGCACAUAGAUGUCUAAUUCACACCAGUUGUGUGGAUGAACUUUAUAGUGAUAUUAAAUAUGUCUCUCAGCCGCUGGGAUUCACAUUUACGCCAUCUUCAAUGAACCGAAAUAAAUGUUAACCGAAAUGGACAGACCUCUUCAUAUACUGUGCCACUCAUCAGCACAUUCAGUUUCAAAAACCAUAUCACUUACUAUAUGCUUUCUAAACAAAAGAUUGGCCAAAAUUUUGUCGGCUACGUUCUGGUUGCAUAAUCCUGACAGGUCAAACCGCCGAGAAUAAUGCGCUGGAAGUUAUCGUCCACAUGCUGUAUCAAUAUCUCAAAGUGAAAGUGUGCUGUCUGGAUGGUCGGGACAUUACAUUGGACUAGUAGCACAGUUCAUGGUGCUUGUUUGACUUUAGUGUUGUGCUUUUGGGUUGAUGAACGCCCCGACGGCUCGGAUUUUUAGCAUGACUUGGAUGACAAUGACCAAAUCUCAUUUUUUUUGAGUCUGCACAACCCUUUACCUCUGUAUUUACAACCAAAUACAGCGUUAACAUUCUUUCUUGCAUUCACUACAAGAAACAAUCGUGACCUGACAAAUUGCUGUUAUUUCGAACACGUGGAAUAAAAAGAGGCAUUCCUAUACAGAUUUUCAUAAUGCUGCAGCUGUAAGUGCUCAGCACCUUCCCGACUAAUGAGUCUUUACUUCAUCCCUCUUUAUUUUGUACCAAACCACUGUGGAUAGUUUGUAUGAUUCCAUGUAUAUAGUACCAUCCUCCCAUUUAUCGAUGUGUUGUGUUCAUAUGGCUGAGGUUUUCAUGAAGACCCUGGGUAGCCUUUGCCCAUCAGACCCCCAUGAAGACUGUUGUAAAAUAGAGCAGAUGCAGACGUUCACCCAUUAAUGAAGUCAUAGCUAAUCUCUCUGAACUAGCGGCGAUCUUGCUGCAUAUUUAUAGUACUUCAAACAGUGCACUUGCAUUUCACUAGCAACAAAACAUACCUGCUCACCUUCAACGAUUGAUAAAAACCAGAAAUCGCCUUGGUUAACGACUUAAUUAGACAGCACUUAGUGACAGUUUCGCCGGGCCGUUCUGACUGUGACUACAAACAGAUCUUGACAUUCCGUUGCAGUUUGGACACUGAUAUUCGUCUUAUAUACAGUUAUAUUUUAGUGGUGUAUUUUUACAAUAGCUUUGUGCAUUUGUACUGUUUUGAUAUACCUCUCAAAGCGCUUGUAUUCUCUUGUCUCUCCAAACCCUUUAUGAAGUAAAAUGGAGAGCGUGUGCUGAUGUCUUCACUUCUGUAAAAGCAAACCAGCGCCGUCUUAAUUUCUGUCAUUUACUCCCCUUUGCCUUGUUGUAUGGACAAUGUAAAUAGUUACCUACGACCAAAAGACUUCACUUAUGUGCCUUGAAGAGUACUUCACCUGUCAACCCCACUAACUGGAUCUGUUUAACAAAGAAUAACAGAAAUUAUGUUUUCGAAUCUUCCUGUACUUAUCGAUUCCCCCGUUUAUUUCCGAUUUCUUUUGUUUCUCUGUGUAUAGAAAAGAAUGUCUAUUUUGUACUGUUUCUAUCUUCCUAAUUAAAAUGAAAAGCAUUUUUUGUUUGCCUGAA